AUGUCUGAUAUCCCUCCUUCCCAAUCUAUGUUCAACCCUGAUAGCCCAUUGAAUCCCAAGUUGCGUUAUGAUGGCGCAGGGAAUGCAUAUGCGUAUCACAUGUCGUAUCAAAUUCCACUCCCCAACUCACCAGAUAGAGAGCUUCAUGACCCCAUGGCAAUUGCCGAGGCUCAAGGAUAUGCACCUGCCAUCAGUACUGCUGGUGCACGUCGCAAGACUGCAGCCAAAGCCAACAAAGGCAAGGGGAAAGAGAAUACAUCAGGAAAACCUGUUUCUCUAUAUAGAGGACCAUCCUCUAUAUAG